ACACAACAGUGCAGCAGUAUGAAACAGUUCAAAUCCAGCCAGUUGCUGAUCGUGGCGAUGAUGAGUGUCUUUGUGGACAUUUCAUCGGCCAUGGAUUGCAAGGAAGUUUUCCAAAGGAAAGAAGAAAUCAAGGAAUGCUGCACAGCGCCAGCGGUUCUGAAAAUGGACGAUUUUGAUGAGUGCAUGUCGAAGGCCGAAGGAAACCACCAUGAAAAGUUUUUCUGCGGGUCCGAAUGUAUGCUCAAAGCUCAAGGCCUGAUGAACGGUGAUGAUGUCGACAUGGAUGGGAUCAAAAAGAACGCUGAGGGUCUGGAAGGAGACUGGAAGGAAACGGUUCUGCAAAUAGUUGACACUUGUGGACAGAAGAUCGACGCCAUCAAAGCCGAAAUGGAGCAACGUGGUGGUUCCAAGGGACAGUGCAGUGCGUCGGCAGGUAUUCUCGUUAUGUGUCUCGGAAAUGGCUACAUCCAGAGCUGCCCGGCCGAACAUUUUCAUGAAUCUGAGCUAUGCAACAAGGUCAAGAGCGGAGAGUGUGAUAAGAGACCCAAAGGAGGACAUCAUCAUUAACGAUCCAUGUUUUUAUUCAGUAAACGACCUACAGAGGAUAAAUGAACUGCGAGUG